AUGAAAACAUUAAUCAAAGCAGAUGAUGCUGAAAAGUCUUUAACACAAUUAUAAUAAGAAAAACAAAAUAAAUUUCAAGAAGAAACUUAAGCAAAUGAAUAAAAUUAAUUGGAACUGUAAAUUCUAUAAAACUAAAAUGCUUCUUAAUAAUAAAAAUUAACUGUUAAAGGAGAAGAAUUAAUUUAACAAAUUUCAUAAGCUAAAUCAUAGGAAUAAACUUUAUGA